AUGGCGCCAUCAACACCAUCCAGCUCGAGGAUGAGAAAGAGACGAGUGGGAAGUCCUGGCAUCGCGCCCGCAAUCCCAAACCUGCCACGCGAGACUACGAGACGAGAGACUGCCCUCAAUCACGAGCAGCAACAUUUCGAUCACCAAUCAAACACUGUUUUGGACUACGAUGAAGCGUACAAGCGCACCAGGAUAUGUCUUCUGGACCUACCAUCCGAGUUGAUUGACUUGAUAGCCUCCAAUCUUCGCACGGAAAAGUCCAUCUUCAACUUUGCGCUUGUAAAUAAGCGGCUCAGCGGUGUUGUGCAACAAACUAUGGCUCGGAGCCCAGUGCUUCGUCAGCCAAACAUCAGAGGUUUCCUUGAGAUGCUUGGACAUCACCCUGAACUCAUCCAGAAAGUCACAAGCGUCGACCUCGGUGAUUUCGAUUGCUCUCAUCACCAAGAUUGCCACUGCCGAGAUGUUCCCAACCUCGACGGUGAUGUCAAGGAGACGAUUGGUAGAAUCAUCACUGCCAACACUCAGGGCGAGGUGACCUGGAGCCACAUCCGGAAAACCAAGAACUUUUUGGGUCCAGUAUGGCGCGAGGACCAAGCCUUCUUCUUGAACACACUGGUAGCGUUGUGCUCGAACAUGAGAUCAAUAACGAUUGAGCUCCCGGGAGCCAGACGUUUCCAAGCUGGGCAGCCACCCAGGCCGAACCACUCAGCACCCCAUAUAUUUCCUUCGUUGAACCCAGAACUACUUCCAGUCACGCCAUUCGAAGGAAUUGCUCUCCAGAUACUGCGCCCCACACUACAAUCCCUCACCAUUGCUGAAGACACUAGAUGGAAGGGGCCGGCAACUCUCGAGACUCUCCAGUUUCGCGAUCUCCAAUGGCGAAAUAUGGGAAAACACACCAUCACAUUAGCUGGAUUUUCUAGCCUCAAGCGCCUAGAUGUUCCUAUGGAUGCUCUCGGUUGCCCACAAAACGUUGUCUUUUCGAACGAGAAUCGUCAUACUACACCCGAUAAGAAUGAUACGCCAACACGCAACCUCGUACUGAAAGACGGGAGAUUACAGACAUUGGAAGAGGCACGCUUAAAGGUUCUGCCUCCUACACUCACACACCUACAUUUACGAUCGUGCAAUAAAUUCACAUUUGCUUUCCUAAAAAUGAUCAAUGAGACAGCUACCGAAGACAUGCAGUUGAGAUACGUCGAACUAUUCUUCCCCAGCGAAUCCCACGAAGCCAUCAUUAACUGCGACGCCACAGACGAAGGCGGCUUCAGUUAUCUGGACCUACUAAUGGAACUUGAACGCAAAAAUAUUAAUGUCCAGUUCUUUUGCGGGGUGAAAGAAACGCGAGUCGAUAUGCGUCGCGAGUUGGAGGCUCUGAGCUUCUUAAUGCCUUACGAAGUUUGGAGAUACUCUAAUUUCCGCAGGCCAUUCUCAGAUCUGAACCCGUAUGCUAGCAGGAUACGCCAGUCAUCGAUGAUUGGCAGUCGCCUUUUCUUACGUCACGCGAACAACCAUCCGCGACUCUUCAACAGCGUGACAUUCGACCCUGAGUCAUGGGCGCAAAGCGCAUUCUUUCGGGGGACGAACCCAACUAGAAAGAGCAACUCAACACGCGACCAGAAGCCCAAAGCCGACGAGGAAAUGGAGAACAGCUCCCAUGUUAGAAACCGUGAAAAGCAGAAGAUAAGGCGACGGCUGCCUGAUUUGCUCAACCUGGAUAGCUUCCAUUUCAGCUUCAACAAAGUCCAGAGUCUUUCAUCUCUACUUGAAGAAGCUGUAUUUCAGGGUAUCGUAUUGCCCAUCUCAGCGGACAGCCGCGCACAGCCUAUUGAAGAUAGUGGAAGCUCGAAGAAGACCAGCAAUGUUGGAAAAGACGAUGCAAGCCGCACAAAGAGAGGUCGCAGGACAAGAUAUGCAGAACCAAAUAUCAGCGAGGUCAAAAUCUUGGAAAACAACAUGAUUGAGCUGGAGAUAGGAUCGAGUUGUAGGAUCCUCGCGCCGGACCUACCUACCUCCGAAACGUCCACGUUCAACACUGCGAGUUGGGUUACUGUUGACUGGAGAAGUUUCUUCAAACCGUCAGAAACAAGCUAUAGGAUGAUUGUCUAG